GAAUAAUACACCUGAUAUCCGAGAUUUUGAGUCUCCCUCAGAUUAUUUAACUCGAUUAAAGAUCCACGCGGACUUUUGUUAUGAUCAAAAAAUGUUGACAGAUUCUAGCACCGGUUAUUCCUCACUGCCUUCCAGCCGUUCGAAUAUACCCUCAAAUCAAGCUGCACCUGAAGCAACGCCAGCACUUGAGCGAUAUUUUAAUCCACGAAUGAUUUAUUUGUGGUUAAAAAAUCUCGAAGCAAUUAUACAUUUAUCACAAGCACUAAACGAAAAAUUAAAUUCAGAUUUUAUUUCGUUGGAAUGGGUACAACAUCGUGAGGUUAUGAAAUCAACACUUAGAAACAACAUAAAACACACGCGAGAAAUAACGACGGAUUUGAUUAAUAGAGAAAUUUCAUUAAUAUCAAGUUAUGUUACUGAAUAUAGUUUUAGUUAUGAACUGAUUCAAGCUAUUGGCAUAAUAAUUUUUAGACCACCGAAUUAUGUAAAAACCAUUUGGGAUACAGUAGCAGAAGUUGUAAAUAAAAUGCAUUCUUCUCAACAGGACACAGCAUUAGAUUUGUCUGCAACAGGCCUUCCAAACAACAAAAUAAUUCCGGCAUGUAUAAAAGAAGCGUUUGAUGGGUUAACUCAAAUUGAAAACAAGCUUGAUCCUUGGGAUUCAAGGCUUGAGGAGCUAUGGAAUUCUGACAUUAAACAGCCUCAAAAAGAUUUGUUGCCUUAUAGUGUAUAUAAUGAUGUUGACGAUGAUAAGCUACCUUAUUUGGAGUUUACAACUGAAAAUUUUAAGCAUUGGGGUGUAAAGGAUCCUGCGAAGGAAUUCAGUUAUGGGUGUACUUGUCGCAAUAAUUGUCGAGACAUUGAAGCAU